GUUUCGUAAGGGAGAUUAAUUUGGAAACUUGUUCGUAUUUCACUCUCAUUCAUCUUCCUCGCUUGCGCCUGGCUCUUUGACCCAAAGCUUGGUUAUUUGUUUGUCUCUUUUUUACCCUUCAUGAUCCUAUUCUCAAAUCAUCAUCUACCUGCGUUCUUUUGUGCUGGGUGUCGGCAUCGCUUGUCGUGAUGGCUUACAAGGCUGGAGAAGGCUUCUGUGGCACAACGCUGCCAGCAUAUCUAGGCUUUGCCAUCCUCGGCUUCGUCAAUGUGAUUGUGCCGUUUGUCGUCCACUCGGCAAACUACCUUAUUAUCCCAUACCCACGCUGGAUCGUCCUCCUCAUCGAGACCAUCCCAGCGCUCAUCACCAAACUGGUGAUUCCUCACGUCCUCCACCAUGUGCCUUACUGGAUGCGCCCUCUCACCGUCGGCGGUGGCUGGAUCAUCGUCGCUAUCGUGACCAAGAGCACACCGCCAAACAUCGCCCCUCCGAUCCGCAUCUUCACCUCGGCCCUCGCGUCUGUGUCGGCCGCCGCCAUGGAGGUUUCGUUCCUCGGCAUGAUGCGCUACUACGGCCGCGCAGGUCUCGCUGGAUGGGGAGCCGGCGUUGGAGCUGGUGCUGUGUUUUGUGCCGCUCUUCCGUUUGUUCUUGCGGUCUGGAUGGAGUCGUUUCUACGCGAUUUCAUUGACUGCAUCUAUGCGCUCACGGGUGCAAUGCUUGUCGCUUUCUUUGUCGUCUUGCCUGGAGCGCCAGUGAAUUAUCCCGAGGCGCGACAGGAUCGCGGCAAGGCGCAUGUUGAAGAUGGACCGACUCUGGCGAUGCUGGAUCCCGUUGAGGAGCUUUCACGUGCCCUGAGCACGACGAACCGAGUCAACCUCACAAAAAGCAUGGUUCGACCUUUCAUGGUUCCUUUAUUCGCAGCGUUUGCACUACAGACGCUGGCAUAUCCUGGCAUUUCUCGGGCACUGCCGCUUCCUUCAUCGACAGGGUCCUUCUUCUCGUAUUUCACAAGCUACGCCCUCGCGUUCCAAAUCGGUAGCUUCAUCGCCCGAACUCAUACCCCGCUGAUACGGCCCGAGAGCACCAGGGUUGCUUUUACAGCUUUGAGCUUCGUUACUGCAGUAUUUCUCAUCAAUGCGAUACUGCUUGUCUUUUCGGCACCUGUACCCGUGGCCUUACUGGCCUUUGGUGCUGGUCUGGGGGGAGGAGCCGUCUACAUGAUUGUCAUGGGCAAAGUCUUGGAGGAGAAGUCACUUGAACCUGGAAUCAACCAGGAAUUCAGUCUCCAGGUCGUGGGAGUUGGUGAGACGGCCGGCGUUAUUGUUGGUGGACUGCUGGGUACAAUGCUAGAAGCCGCUUUGUGUGGAGGAGCUUUUACGGCGAAAGAGAGGUGGUGCCACACCAGCCGAUGAAUGAGAAUAGACGUCUUGGAAUAGAAAUAUAGAUAAUAAUUAAAAAGAAUUAAUUC